AGGGGUGAUCCCGGGAUGGUGUCCCGGGAAUGGUGUCUCUCCCGCGCCCGUCCCGGAGCCUGCGCCACGGCCCACACCCGCCCCACGGUGCGUAGCUUGGCGGCGGCGGCGCCUCUCCGCCCGCCCCGGCAGCCGGAGAUCACAAUGGCCCAAAGGUUGUUUAGAUCGCAUUUGCUGUUCUGCUUUCUGGCUUCAUUCUUCAUCUCUGCCCUUGCUGAGGAACACGCAGGAGAGAGUCAACAUGCAAAUAUUCGCCUCGAUAAGAAUUUGGUACAAGAUAAAGAGCACAUCAUGGAACACUUGGAAGGUGUCAUUGAGAAACCAGAAACUGAGAUGUCUCCACAAGAGUUGCAGCUCCAUUACUUCAAAAUGCACGAUUAUGACGGCAAUAAUUUGUUAGAUGGGUUAGAGCUCGCUACUGCUAUAUCACAUGUCCACAAAGAGGAAGGUGGUGAGAAUACCCAAGCAAUGAAAGAAGAAGAGCUGAUUAAUCUAAUAGAUGAUGUCUUAAGAGAUGAUGAUAAGAACAAUGAUGGAUACAUUGACUAUGCAGAAUUUGCAAAAUCACUGGAAUAAGGUUUUGCAGGAUGUUUGUUUCUCCUUCUAACCACGUGGAAAUGUGAACCAGUAUAAUGUGAUUCUUUACUGUCUCAUAUCAACCUCUGUGCUGUGAGAAGGAGAGGUGUACCAGUUCCAGCUGAAUUUAUUUAAAAGUUGUAUGUGUUAAGAGACUGGUUAACCUGGAGUGAGAGCCAUGUUUGACUAAACACAGCUACACAUUUGAAUCAUGAAGCAUGGGAGAGUCAACAGUACUCACAUAGGUUACAGCUGGUAAACUCCUAAGUAGCUCUGUAUGAAUUCUAAAUAGAAUCAUUAGCAUCUAAAUUUCAAGUUUUCAGUCAUUGGGUUAUAUAGUACUUAUUUGCUUACAUCUUCUUCCAUUUAAAAUUAUAAAAUAGCUAGAAAGCAAGAAAUGAUUACUGCAUAUAAUUGUACUCAGAGGAUAAAUGUCCUUACCUUCCUUCUGAUUUACAAGGAAAUUUGCAGAUAAGUACAGGUGCUUGAAACAGCAGUUGCAGGGGGAAAGCAUUUGAAUGUGUGUUACAUUUGAGUUCCAAAUGAUACCGUAUAAACUUAAACAGUCUUCGAAGAAACUGAGUAUUUUUAAAUAUAUAUACUUCAUAGCAUACCCUCACAUAUAAAUAUAUAUACAUGUGUUUUUCAAUGUCUUGUCCUCCACAAAUUUACUUUUUGUAUCUUAAUUUACUGAUUUUUUUUAACAACCUUCCAUGUUUUCUUAAGAAAAUGAAAGUAUUUUUAUUGUAUUUAUAUGUUGUAUCCCAUCUUUCAGAGGUGUUUUGAAGGUCAGGUUAACAGUAAAGCAGUUUAUUACAAAAGCUUCAAUUUGGGUUUUACAGUAUUAGCCAGCAGAAUAAUCUAAAUAAGCAAGUAACGCUGCCUUGUUAAGGUUUAAGUCCAUAUUCCUUGACAUUUAAAUUAUGGUAUUACUUUAGGAGGUAUUUCAUAACUUAACAGUUUCAAGUCAACAGUUGAGUGUUUGCAAAUUUUCAUGGCUCUAGGAACGUUUUUACUGUUUUGACAUAUUUGGUAAGUCAAACAGUUUAGGGAUAUUAGAGCAGUGAUGUAUUGCUGUGUUAUUGAUGUUUGGUGACUCAAACAUAACUGAAAUCUUAAAUUGCAUUCAAUCAUUAUUCAUUAAUAAAGAAUCUAAAUGUUAGCCUAUUUCUGUAAAAUGUAUAAAGAGCUAUUUUCUAUACAAAAUUAUUCUUAUACAAGAGAAACACAUUUGUAAAAGAAAUUAUGUCCUCUGUUUAAAUGUUUGUGCAAUGAA